AUGACCAGUAGUCUUAGAAUCUUCGAAACCACCUUUACCAUAGUCAUCUUCACCAGCAUGAACAACAAUGGUUCUACCAAGGAUGUCGUUAACUUUAACCAAGGAGUCUUUGAUUUGACCUUUAGCAACACCAUUGGCAUCAGUGGCAAUGUUACCCAAGUCACCAACGUGACGGACGUCAUCAGUUGGACCACCGUGUUCUUUACCUUCAGGGUUGAAGUGAGGACCAGCAGAAGUACAACCAUUGGUGUUGUCACCGAAUUGAUGGAUGUGGAAACCUCUCAAGGCAUUUGGAUCGUUACCAGAAAUUUCCCAGGAGAUAGUGGUUGGUUCGGAUUCAGAAGAUUGUUCGAAGUAAACGACACCGGAGACUUUAGAAUCACCUCUAACGACAGCAACUAG